AUGGGAGGCUUGGUCAAAGAGAACAGCCUGAUGAGCGUGAAGGAGAAGAAGACCAUCUCGCUCCACGAGUGCGGUCACGCCAUAGCAGGCUGGUUCCUGGAGCACUCGGACCCCCUCCUGAAGGUGUCCAUCGUUCCACGCAGCAGCGGCGCCCUGGGAUUUGCGCAGUACCUGCCGGCCGACAUCAGCCUGUUCUCCAAGGAGGCCAUCCUCGACAAGAUAGCGGUCAGCCUGGGCGGGCGAGCGGCAGAGGAGAUCUUCGUCGGCAAGAUCACCACGGGAGCCUCGGACGACCUCGACAAGGUCACAAAGAUGGCCUACUCGAUCGUCUCCGUCUAUGGCAUGAACGACAAGCUGGGCCUCCUGUCCUACCAGCAGAACAACUCUGGCGAGCAGUUCUACAAGCCCUACAGCGAGGAGACUGGGCAGAAGACAUAA